UGUUGUUUAUAUGACAGUAAAUUUCUGUUGUGAGUUGGUAUAAAAGCCAGCGAUUAUUUAAUUUCUUUCUCAUCAUUUUUCGAACAAACCAACCUUGCUUCCAACUUUUUUGUUCAAUUAUAUAGCAAAUGGCUUCUAGUCCUCCACCACCAAUAAAAACUUCACCAACAAAAAAUCUUUAUUUUAACCCUUAUUCUGGCGGCAUCCAUACAAUUUUAUUUACAAUCAAAAAUACCGGGCCUAGUCCCAUAGAUUUUCGCAUAUCUUCAUCGACGACAACAAUUACAUUUGCUCCAAAAGAAGGGACAAUUAGUGGAAAAAACGAGACCAGGAUCGAAGUCACCACAAAUACAAAUUUUGCUGCCCGUAGUCCAGAAAUGUUUACCAUUGAUUGGAUAAAUUCUUUCAACUUGAACAAAAAAAACAAUUUCACAACUUCUCAGUUUCGUGGAACGAAGAAUAUCAACAUUAUAUUCAAUGCGGAGAACAAGUUUUAUUGCAACGGACCGUUCAAUCAAAAACAGACUUUAUACCAGUAUUCGCAACCCUCUGCCUUACAAUGUUGUUAUGAGAGUAUUAAGUACAGAUCCUGA